AUGCUAAUACAAGCCCCCAUCCCUCGAACUAGAUUUGCCAUCACUCCCACCAAUGUCCGACCAAUUCACGUUUGUCUAGACGUUACUCCCACUCGACAACUAUCCAACCAUAACAGCAUCUUGAAUCUGACUCAAAGACUCGAUGACAGACAACCUAUUCGACCACUCGUUGACAAUAAACAUCUAUAAUCCAUCAUCAUCAAACCAGACAACAUCAAUAGAGUUCAAGGCAACUCGUUCUGUCAAAACUAACCACCAAAUAAGGAAAUGCAAACUUAAAUCUAAGAAUUAACAAAAUAAAAGGAGAAUAUGUCUUAAAUUCUAGCAGAAGCCAUUAGAAAAAGCAAUCUUCUCUAAAAAUAGUUAGAUAAAAUUUAAGGGGAGAAAACUGAACAGGCUCUCCAAUUUUAAGUAAACCUCGAUUAAUUUCAAGAAGAAAUCACUUAAUUAACCCACAAAUUAGAGAAUUUGAUUGUUGAAAACACUUAGCUUCAAGAAUCUUAUCAGAAUUAACAAUUCUAUAUAGAGUAGUUAGAAUAUUAAGAAAAUGAUAAUUUUAACGUCACUUAAAAUUUCGGAUAGAUGUGA